AUGCAUCUCAGCCCGGGAACCCUCGAACAGCCCUCGGGCUUCUGGCGGGGCUGUUCAUCCGCAACCAUGUAUACAGUGGCAGCAGCGUGCCGGGCUUUCCUCUACGCCGCAAGCAAUACGGAGGUUAGCGGGCACGACAAUUUUAUAAAACUGCUAGAGUCUCGCGCAGAUCGAGAAUCACGAAAGCGGGGUCUAAUAACAGUGUCAAAUCAUAUAAGCGUAAUGGAUGAUCCCCUAAUGUGGGGGACUAUUCCGCUAUUGAACCAACGGGCAUUCCAGUCGUUUAACCGCAGAUGGGCGUUUGGGAGUCACGAUAUCUGCUACAGCCAUAGCAUCCUUGCUCUGUUUUUCACUCUAGGUCAGGUCCUCCCUACACACCGUAACCUCCAUUCCCGCCAUGGAGGUUUAUUCCAACCUACCAUGACACAAGCGAUACGCCUCCUCUCACGCGGACCUUUUUCUCCCGAACCGUACAUGGCGCCCCCCAGUCGGCAGCACUGGAGUCUACAGAAUGUCUGUGUCGAUCCGUUUUCAGAGGUGGCAACAGCAUAUACCACGACAGGCGAAGAUUCUCAUCUUGCGCCGUCGGCAUACGCCUGUAAUUCAUAUUCGUGGCUUCACAUCUUCCCUGAAGGCAAGGUACACCAGGCGCCAAACAAGACGAUGAGAUAUUUCAAAUGGGGGGUAUCGCGGUUGAUUCUGGAGGCGUCUGAAUGCCCCGACGUCGUUCCCAUAUGGAUCGAAGGCACCGAUGAGGUCAUGCAUGAGGAUCGAGGGUUCCCACGAUUCUUACCCCGUGUCAACAAAAACAUCAGCAUAACCUUUGGUGACCCCGUGGACCGGGAGGCUCAGUUUGGCGACUUACGGCGGCGGUGGCAGAAGAUAAAGGCAGAGGCGGAAGAGGGACAUCAAGUAGCGCCUCUUGGGGUCUUGAACGAUGAACUCAAGUAUGGUAAGGAGGCGGUUGAGUUGCGGAUCGAGUGUACCAGGAGAAUCCGGCAGCUGGUUCUCGCAGUUCGCAGGUCGAGGGGUUUGCCAGACGAGGACCCUAAGGAAAGCCGGGUCGAAACCUGGCUCCGUGAAGGGCCAAAGGCCGAGGGAAAAAUGGACGAUGGAUCAUGGAUACGCGAUGCCUAG